AUGACAGCGAAGCCGCAAAUUAAUAAUAAACAGGGUGUAGCAGAAGGUGAGAUGGAUGUGAGUUCGCUUUUCAAGAGAACGGAAGUUAUUGGACGAGGGAAAUUUGGUGUGGUUUAUAAGGGCUAUAAUGUGAAGACUGGACGAGUGUACGCCAUCAAAGUGUUGAAUCUAGAUUCCGACUCUGACGAGGUGGAGGAUGUGCAGCGAGAAAUUCAGUUUCUAGCCUCUCUAAAGCAGAUUUCCAAUAUCACGCGAUAUUAUGGGUCGUAUUUGAAAGACACAAGCCUUUGGAUCAUAAUGGAACACUGCGCUGGUGGCUCACUGCGUACGUUGUUGAGGCCAGGAAAGAUCGAUGAGAAGUACAUUGGAGUUAUCAUGAGAGAACUUCUCGUAGCGUUAAAAUCCAUUCAUAAGGAUAACGUCAUUCAUCGAGAUAUCAAAGCUGCGAACGUACUAAUCACCAAUGAAGGUAAUGUUAAACUGUGCGAUUUCGGUGUCGCUGCGCAAGUAAACCAAACCUCUUUGCGACGUCAAACUAUGGCUGGGACCCCCUAUUGGAUGGCUCCGGAAGUGAUUAUGGAAGGCGUUUAUUACGACACUAAAGUAGAUAUAUGGUCUUUGGGUAUAACAACAUACGAGAUUGCCACUGGGAAUCCGCCUUACUGUGAUGUGGAGGCUCUAAGAGCCAUGCAACUAAUCAUCAAAUCGAAACCACCUAGACUUGAGGGCAGAUCUUAUAGUUCAUCUUUAAAAGAAUUUAUUGCGCUUUGUCUUGAUGAGGAUCCAAAGGAGAGAUUGUCAGCGGACGAUCUUUUAAGAUCAAAAUUUAUCAAGGCCCACAAGGCGACCCCAACCUCCAUUUUGAAAGAACUAAUAUCACGAUAUUUACUAUUCAGGGACAAGAAUAAAAACAAAUAUAAAUUAGAGGGGAGUAUACCAGAAAACGAACCGUCAAAACCCAGUGAAACUCAAAACCAAUCACAAUCUGGCGGGGGUGGCGAAGCACAGAAGUCAAUAGCGUCAAAUGAUAACGAAUUUCCCAAGAGGGUCAACGAAGGUGACGUGGAAAUGAAAUGGGAUUUUGAUUCAUUAAGUUCGUCGGACUACAUUAUUGAAAAUAACAUCAACCUCGAUGCUCUAGCAGAGGACAACAACGAGUGGGCUACUGCCCAACAUGACCUGUUCAACUAUGCGUACCCUGACGAAGAUUCUUAUUACUUCGACCCGACAAGUCAUAACACUAGACCGUUAGUUUAUCAAGGGACAACGAUAGGAAAGGGCUAUCCCGGUACGAUAGCUCAGAAUUCUACUUUAAACGCACCCAUAACAAAUAACUAUACGAACUCAAAAUAUCCUUCCAAAAUGGUAGCUGGAACUACAAACACCUCUGGAACACAUACGGCCGGUCCAAUGACAUCAUCCAAAAAACUUGAAAAUAAGGCUCCAAAACAAUUACUUGAACUUUUUGAAGACAAUGAAAUCAUUACUGGUGAAAAUGAUGCCAAUACAGAGGCUCCCAAAAUAAACAAAUCCAUUUCAUCUCUGAAUGCCGGUAACAAUUCACGAGAAGAUUUUAUUCCUUCGAUAUCCAACGAGGUCAACGGAAGUAUCAAUAAUAAUAAAAUACGGCCACAUCUUCCACCUUUAUCGAGUGGGAACAAUUAUUAUAGCCAAAGUACACCUGCUUUGCCACUGCUCCAAACAAAGUUUAACAAGACGUCAAAGGGCCCGCCAACAAGCGGAUUAACUACCGCCCCGACGUCUAUUGAAAUAGAAAUUCCUGAAGAACUACCGAGCAGUUCCCUACCGACACCUGCGAGCGCCGAUCCAGCUUUGAUACCGAGCACAAAGGCCAGGUCAUCUACAGUGACGGCUGGCACACCUUCGUCAUCUAACUCCGUACAAUAUAAACAAUCUUCAAACUUGCCCAGGCGGUUAACCGUCAGUAGCAAUAGACCGGAGCAUUGCCCAAGCACCAUAACAAAUCAAAAAAUGACGUCCACAAUGGCUUCUACUACCGGAAUCAGCUCCACUGCUUCAAACAACAACAAUAAUAAUUAUAGCAACAACACUGAUGGCGAAAACUCAAGAGGAAGCAGCGGUAGUAACACUGCAAAUAGCAUACAAAUGGGCAUAACCAACUCGGGUAGUUUAACAAAAAUAUCUGCUCAUAAAGCUUCUUCACCUUCAAGGCCACUGUUUGGAGUUGGAACUUCUCCUAAUAGGAAACCGGCAGGUUCCCCCACCCAAAACAUCGGACAUAAUCCCACUCACAUGAACCUUGCGCCUCCUCCUACUAUGAAACCAAUGGUCAAUAGCAAAGACAGCAAAGACAUUCUCCUGCAACCUCUGAACAGUAUGGGCAGUUCUUCUACCAUUAACACUAUUAGUGGUAAUAUUGGUAAUAAUACGACGUCAUUGACCUAUUUUUCCAGCGAAAAGGAAAGUUCAAGGGUCAAUGGUGACUUCAAGCGCAACAACCCAAAUUUAAAACUACAAAUGCCAUUACCUACACCUGUUGUGAGAAAUAAACUUCUAGACUCAAAUACAACAGCCCCGCAGAAUAACAAUGGCAUGCCAGGAAGUGCCGGCAUAUCCACGAACGAAAAUAUUAAUCAAUUUGGGUUUAACACAAGCAGCGCAUCCAACAUCCCUGUCUCGAUGACUCCAAUUAGUGAAAAACACAUUGAUUUUGGAAGCAAGAUCAAGAGGAGUCAAAGCAUCUCUAACAGGAAGAACUCUUCUGCUUCAGAACACCCAUUGAAUAUUCUUGGCUCAUCCGUUUCCGGUAAUGCGCCCGGUAACAACAACGGUGGCUCUAACAACAGUGUUUCUCUUCCUGCUAACGCUGGCGCUACUACUACCAAACCUAAUGCUACUGCUCUCGCCACUGCAAGUUCUGCCGUGGCAUCCACAGUAGCUCCAAUUUCACAACAGAGUAUUCCACCCGGAACACAGUUCAAUCAUAUCCUGGGUUCGACUACAACUGCUGCAAACUCGGCUAAUUCUUUAGGUCUCACUAUGUACCCUCCUCCACAGAGUUUGCAAAUGGAAAUGUUUUUGGACUUAGAAUCGUGUCUGCCAGGAAAACAAAGGCGGGUAGACAGGAAGCCCCAGGUUCUGAAAGAGUUAGAAAAUCUCUUACAAAUGUUCGAAGAGGGAUUGCCCUGCAUUGAACACGCUUUAAAGGAACAACUUAUAUCAACGCCUAUCAAGGACAACGAACAUUAA